CUGUUUAUACAAGUUUGAGAAAAUCACACGAGUUGGCGUUAUAUAUGUUUUCAUUCAUUCAAUCUGAACUUUGAACUCUGGCAUCAUCUUGACACUAUUGACACUGACAGUAUUUAGGGAUUCAUACACUAGACAUAUAAAAAGAAUCUUAGUAUGGAUGUAGUUGUUGUUGGAAGCUGCAACACAGAUCUUUCUAGUUACGUCUCUCGUCUUCCCUUGAGAGGAGAAACUCUUACAGGAACAAGAUUUGAAACAGGAUUUGGUGGUAAAGGAGCCAAUCAAUGUGUUGCUGCUGCUAAGUUAGGUGCAAAGACAGCAUUAGUUGGAAAGCUAGGUGAGGAUGUGUUUGGUGUACAGUAUUUGAGCAAUCUUUUGUCCAAUAAUAUUAACUGUGAGCAUGUUCAAAGUCUCAAGACAGCAUCUACUGGUGUUGCAUCAAUAUUUGUUGGAAAUGACGGUACAACUUUUUUAAAAAGCUUGUGCUCUAACUGUAUCGUGAUUGUACCUGGGGCUAAUAACUUGCUUAGUGUUGAUGAUGUGAACCAAGCUGAAGCUCUCAUCAGUUCAUCCAAGCUUGUUGUAUGUCAAAAUGAAAUUCCACAAGAGACAACUCUAGCAGCUCUGAAAUUAGCUAAAAAAUGUGGAGUGAAAACUAUUUUUAAUCCUGCUCCUGCUGAUAAAGAUUUAGACCUAGAAUUAUUUUCUUUACCAGAUUUUUUCUGUGCUAAUGAAACUGAGGCUUCUUUAUUACUAAAUCAAGAAGUUUCUGAUGUGGAAUCAGCCAAGAAAGCUUGUCAUCAGCUUAUUGAAAGUAAGGGAUGUAAUACAGUGAUUAUCACAUUGGGUGAAAAAGGAGUUGUUUAUCAAACUAGAAUCAACCUGGAAGUUGAACAUAUUCCAGCAACACCAGUCACUGCUAUUGACACAACUGGAGCGGGAGACUCUUUUAUUGGUUCCUUAGCUUACUACAUGACCAACAUGGAACAGUUACCUUUGUCUAAGAUGAUUGACAGAGCAGGGCAAAUAGCUGCCAUAAGUGUGCAGAAGCCAGGAACUCAGAAAAGUUUUCCUCUUGCCUCAGAACUUCCACUAGGCCUGUUGUCUAGUUAAUUAUAUUACUAGCUGUCUUAAAGUUCUAAGAUUAAUCUUUUAUUUGCUUUUUUUUUUUUUUACACUUCUGCCUCAGAAAAAAAUAUAACUGUAUUACAUAAGAUAAGAUCUAAUCCAAGUGUAAAAAAAAUAAAUGAGUGGUAAUUAAAAUUUGCUGCAAACAUUUUAUAAGAAGCUAAUUCUUAUUACAUUUGUAUUGACUAUAGUAUGCCAAUAACACAAUUAUGUUUCAAAUGCCAUUCCAUUAGCUACCUUGCUUCAUCCAUCAAGUAUUGAAAUUUCUUGUAAAAUGUUUUUUAAAUUCCAAAUAUUGUUUGAUCCAUGCAUAAGAAACCUAGCUGUGUUUUAUCUUAUAAAUUUAAAAAGUUCCUUUAAAAAAAAAAAAAAAAAAGAAGAUAAUUAUGUCCUAAUCAUAUCAUUGUGUUAAUCUAGUUGUGCAUGUUAAUUAAAGACUUAAACUCUGAUGUGUCAAAAGUUUUUCCAGGCAACCCAUUCCAUCCUCUAAUGGCUCUAGUGAAGAUAAAGCACAUGUAUGAAAUUGUCCCUGCAUAUGGAUUAAGAAAUGUGCCUUUGCCUUUGUCUUUCUCUGAAAGGUUGUGUCUUUGUUUUUGUAAGUUAUAGUUCAUUGUUUUAUAUACCAGUAUUAUUGCUACAUAACUUUUUAUUCUCCUAUCCUGGAGUGUCUCCAAAGUGUAUGAUUUUGUUUAUAAUAUAAGCCUAGUCAAAUGUGAAUAUUCAUUUGUUUUAAAUAUCACGAUUGUUUUUCAUCUGUUCUAGUUUCUUGAUAUUUAAUAAAGUUGUUCCAAACAAAGAACACAUAUUAGAAUAUUGGUUAACUAAGGUAAAAUAUCAUUUUAGUUUCAUGUUCUUAAUUUUAGUACAAAGUAUUUCUUUUAAUAAACCCUAAUGGUUUGUAUGAAUUCAUUUUAAAUAUUGUUUUGUCAAUGUAUGGAUUCCAUGAUAACUUUUAAUUUAUUUAACACCUAGGAAUUAUUGAAAUUUAAUAUUUCAGUUAUAAGCAUCUUACCAGAGAUUAAAAAAGAAAAACAAUGAAAAUUUGUACGCAAAGUAUGCAGCCUAAUUCCUAAUAAAAUUUAGAAAAUAUGUAAUGACUGUUCUCAUGGAUUCUUUUUAUUUUGUUAAUUUUGUUCAUUUAUUGAAAUAUUAAAAAUAAAAUGACUAGCAGCAGACAACUUAUUCUAUUUAUACUUCCUAAAUCUAUUUCAAGACCAUCAACCAAAGAUUCAAAGUAAAACCACAGCUCUAGAAGGGAAAAAAAAACAUCAGAAUUUAUAUAUAUUUUUAAAAUAUCUUUUUAUAUCUAAAAAGUUUUUUGUCAAUAAUGUUUUCUUGGAAAUAAUUGCCUGUCAUUGAAUGUUAUAAAAAUUUGUUGUUUUUUUUUUUAUUAAUACCUUUCAGAUUUAUUAAAAGUGUUUGUGGUCA